GAUUUCUUUCACUUUCGCAAUUGCUCAGUGCUGGACGUGCUGCUAAUCUUGUGGCCCUUUCUGCUGUCCUGUCAUUGCUGCCACAUAUCAGCUGAAUCCUGAGGUAUCAUGGCAGAUAGGAGGUUGGCGGAAGUGCGCACACAGUUUAUAGAAGGUAUCAACAAAGCUGUCAUCAGCCAGCUCUUGGAUGAUCUGCUCAGAGAGAAGGUCCUGAAUGAAGAAGAGGCAGAUGAAGUGAAGGAGAAUGCUAAGAAGCAGGACCAAGCAAGGUUAUUGAUCGAUCAUGUGCGGAGAAAGGGGCCUAAAGCCAGCCAUUUCUUGAUUGAGUUCCUCCAGGACCGAGAUUCUUUCUUAGCUAAAGGACUGGGUCUCCAAAACUCUCUGUCAGCUUGUCAGCCAACAGAAGGCAACAUCUCCGAGGAAGAAGUCCAGUCCCUGGAAUCCAGAAACGGGAUCAGGCUUUGUCCUCUAAACUUGUUUCAGAAGAUACAGGCUAAUGAAAGCACAGAGAUCUACCCUAUCAACGAUCCCAGGACUCGUACUCGCUUGGCCUUAAUUAUCUGCAAUAUCAAAUUUGAUCACUUACCAGAUAGAAAAGGGGCUGAGGUAGACCAGAAACAGAUGAAGCUUCUCCUGGAAGAUCUGGGAUACCAUGUGGAAGUAGAGACCAACUUAAACUCACAGGAUAUAACCACUUGCUUGAAGAAUUUUGCGGAUCGGAAGGAGCACAUGGCUUCAGAUGGGAUGUUUGUGGUACUCAUGUCUCAUGGCCUCCAGGACAGGAUUUGUGGAAUCCAUUCAGAAAGCACACAGUCUGACAUCUUCUCCAUCAAUACUAUCUUCUCCACCUUCAACAACAAGAAUUGCCCGGCUUUGAGGGGAAAGCCCAAGGUGGUCAUUAUCCAAGCAUGUCGUGGUGAGAAACUAGGAUAUAUGUACUUGGAAGACUCAGCUACAUCUGUUCCUGCCUAUCCUGACUCUGUUUCACAGCCCGAUUUGCAACUGCAAAGUGAUGCUGUUCAGCAAGUGCUUGUGGAGAGUGACUUCAUCUGCCUAUAUUCCACUACUCCUGAUCAUGUGUCCUGGAGAAGCCCUAUAACUGGAUCACUCUUCAUCAGCCAGCUAAUAGAUAAGAUCAAGAAACAUGCUUGGAAUUGCAGUUUGGAAGAGGUCUUCCGGAAGGUGUUGCAGCACUUUGCAAGCAACCCAUGUCAGAUGCCCUCAAAGGAUAGAACCACCCUGACUAAAAAGUUCUAUCUCUUCCCAGGACAUUGAAGCCAAGUAAGUGUUUCUCCUUGCAGCUGUGUCACAGAAUUUUGGGAUCUCUGGGGGCAACAGAGGAGGGACAGCUGAGCCAGCUGAUUUUCUUGGAGUUUUGGGUAAAACUGAAGCCCUUUUGUGGCAAAUCAGGAAGUCCCUCGUUCAGAUCUCAUCACUACCAUGAACUCACUAUGAGGUCUUCAGCCUCUUUCCCUCUAUGUAACAAGGAGGAAAAUAAUCCCCCCCUUUUUUUUUUUGAACAGCAGGAACAGGAAAUCCACAAGCCACAUGCAGGCUGUCAGGAUUGUGCAUCCUGCCAUGGCGCCAAGAAGAAACGUCUUGUCAUGGGCAUAAAGGGGGGAACCUCCUGCUGAUCUGUCAAAGCAGGAAGUAGGGGCAAUUGGUGAAAACUGCCAAACUUGCAGGGUGGGUGUGAACAUGCAUGGAAGGGUUUUAGCUUAAGCGCAAGGCUGUAAUGGUCAAAAGCCUGCGGUGAGAAAUUCAGCACCAAGGACAGAUAAAAGGGAGAAAUUGCGGGCUUGAAUGUUUGAGGCUGGGAAAGAUCUAAGACUGAAGGAAAGAGAGGGUGGGGGAAUUCCUGGCAAUUUAAACCACCAGCUGCAUGGCUUUCCUUACUUGAAUCUUUGACUGUAAUGGAUCACUAGCUCUAAUAAAGAUUCCUUCAUAUUCCUAA